AGUACAUCAACCGUGUUUUGCAGAGGAUUAACAUGGACAAGGCCAAGCCAGUCAGUACACCUUUGGCCAGCCAUUUUCGUUUAUCCAAGGAUCAGUCUCCUCAAACAAAGGAAGAAGAAGAGUUUAUGGCUAAGAUUUCUUAUGCUUCAGCUAUUGGAAGUUUGAUGUACGCGAUGGUUUGUACGAGGCCAGACAUUGGACAUGCAGUGGGAGUUGUGAGCAGGUUUAUGUGA